CAGAGACCAAACCCCAGACACCAUCACACCUGAUUCACCUUCACUGUGUGGAGCUCUGCACCAGGAAUCACCAUGGCAACGAUCAGUAACAUCUCAUCAAAAUACAAGGACAUCAUCUCCAAAAGUUCUCAGAUCAGUUCAGGAUCUCCUGCUCGAUACCAGCUGAGACCAAAGACAGAGAGGAUCGGUACUCUGACCAGAAGGACUGUUGGUGAAAGAAAUCUGAACAAGGUAAAUAAAACCAUCUUACUUGUUGGUGAAAGAGGAACAGGGAAAUCUGCUCUGAUCAACACUCUGGUCAACUACGCCAUGGGAGUAGAGUUUGAUGACGACAUCUGGUCUGAGAUCGUAGAGGAGGAGGAGAGAAGUCAGACAGAAAGUCAGACAUCUGAUGUGAUCGUGUACGAGAUCUUUGACUUUAAAGAAAACACUCUGCCCUACUCUCUGACCAUCAUUGAUACUCCUGGAUAUGGAGACACCAGAGGGACUAAACAUGAUCUCAUCGUCAGUCACAGAUUAUUUGACUUGUUCAGCUCAGAAGAAGGAGUUCAUGAAGUUAGUGCAGUGGGUCUGGUGCUGAAGGCGACAGAGAAUCGACUGAGUGAUCGACUGAUGUACAUCUUCAGUUCAGUGAUGUCUCUGUUUGGAAAAGACAUGGAGAAGAACAUCGUCGCUCUCGUCACUCACUCAACUGGAAGAAAACCAAAAAAUGUUCUUGAAGCUCUUGAAGCUGCAAAAAUUAAAUGUGCCAGAGAUGAGAAGAAUCAACUUCCUGUUCACUUCCUGUUUGAUAACUGCCAGAAAGAAGACCGAACAGACGACAGAGAAGGGCUGGAACAAGCUGAUAAAGUAACAAUGAGAGGAAUGAGUCGGUUUAAAGACUUUCUGGAAAAAGCUGCACCUCAAAAACUGGAGAAAACUGUGGAUGUUUUGAACGAACACGUCAGACUGACGGCCUGCAUCCAGAACCUGCAGGAGAGAAUUGGUUUGAUUGAACUGAAACAGACUGAGAUCAAACAGACAAAAGAAGCUCUGGAGAAACAUGAACAUGAGAUGGAGAAGAAUAAAGACUUCACUGUAGAAGUGGAUGAGGUCUACAGAGAUAAACAACCUACUGAUGGUGGGAUGGGGGGGUUCUUGUGGUUGUUAUAUACAGGAGCUGUGACCUGUAAAGUCUGUAAAGAGAACUGUCACUAUCCAGGAUGCACAAUGGCCUGGAAACCUGGACACUGUAAGGUGAUGAAAGGAGGCCGCUGCACUGUUUGUACUAAUAAAUGUCCUGCAUCAGAUCAUGAGAAAGAAAAGUCGAUCUAUGUCAACAAGAUAAAAAAAGUUGAGAAGACUCUACAAGGCAUGAAAGACAAGUACGAAGAGAAUAAAGCAGAAAGUGAGAAGAAGUUGAGCCUCCUGGAAAAUCUAGAAAAGGAAAUGAAAGAGUUGACAGCGAAGAAAGAUCAGUUCCUUGAAGAGUCCUACCAACAUGUCGUCAGGCUGGAGCAGAUCGCCCUGAAUGUGGAUUCACUGUCCACUCGGGUCCACUUGGACUUCCUGACUGAGAAGAUGAAGGAG